AUGUCGUUCUACAACUCCUCGAGCACUCUGGUUCCUCGACUCCUCUAUCCUCCUUUGAUAUCUCGUUUCUGUUCUUCUGUGUGCGUUGACUCGCCAAGUGAGUCAGCACAAGAAAACACGAGUCGUUCGGCUAUUGACUCGGUGGUGAAGAUCUUCUCCUUCUAUAGAAAGCCAAAUGUUGUUCAACCUUGGCAGACAACUGAGAAAGAACGCUCAGGCUCUGGCUUUGCAAUCUUCGGAAGGAGGAUUCUUACAAGCGCUCAUGUUGCGAAUGAUCACUCAUACGUGCAAGUGAAAAAGCAUGGUUCGCCCACCAAGCACAAAACAAGAGUCGAAGCGUUUGCGUAUGAUUGUGACUUGGCCAUUUUAGUUGUUGAUAAUGAAAAGUUUUGGGAGGAUCUGAAUCCUUUGGAGCUCGGAGACACGCCCCUUUAUCGGCGAAUCUGUCUCCGCUUUAGUUACGUUAUGCGUUCAAAUGCAGGUGGUCGCACAAUUUCCGUCACAAAAGGUAUUGUAUCGAGAGUUGAACCAGGAACAUAUAAUCACAGCUCUAUUGAGCUAUUAGCGUUACAGAUAGAUGCGGCUAUUAACACUGGAAAUGGUGGUGGUCCAGUGGUCAUGGGAAACAAAGUCGUUGGUAUGGCAUCUGAAAUGAAAAAAUAUAUAAUUCCAACUCCAGUAAUUAAGCUUUUCUUAAGUGGUGUUGAAGAAACCGGUCAAUACAUUGGCUUUUGUUCUCUGAGUAUAUCAUAUCAAUCUAUGGAGGAUGCCAAUUUACGUAAACACUUCAAAAUGAGUCCUGAAAUGUCAGGAAUUCUUAUAAACGAGAUAAAUCCGCUGUCUGGUGCUCAGGGAAUUCUGAAAAAAGAUGAUGUCAUUCUUGCAAUUGAUGGUGUUUCUAUCGGAAAUGAUGAGAGAGGUUUUGUAUUUGUGCCUCUCUCCAAGCCAUACAUUGAUUCGGACCAUUCGGUUAAAGUGUGUAAAUGUCCAUCAGAAGGAAAGCCUAAAAAGGCUGGUGAACAGAUUGUCAUAAUUUCACAGGUCUUAUUGAAUGACAUAACCGCAGAAUACCGUGAUUUCAAAGAAUUUCAGGUGAAGAAAGUGAACGGAGUAGAAGUGUUGAAUCUGAGACACCUAAGUGAGCUUGUUGAGGAGUGUCGUGCUGAAGAGUUGAGGUUGGAACUAGAAAAUGAAAAGGUUAUUGUCGUGAACUAUAAAUCUGCAAAAGAAGCUACUACGUUGAUGCUGGAACAUCACGGAAUACGGUCGGCCAUGUCCAAGGACCUUAAGAAAGAAGCCAGUGAAUUAGCUUCCUCUGCAGUAGCUUGA